CUGACAAACGCUGAUCUGAAGAUGAUCGAGAUCGAUAAGGUACUGUAUUUAAGAAGAUAUUUGAUAUUCCUUGGUCGCUCGCAGCUGCAUUUGUCGCGAUGCGGAAUAACUAAUCGUUCGUCACAAUGCGGAGGUUAUGUUCUCGAAUACAUGCAUCCUCGGAACCUGCGACCUGAAAUUUACAUCGCAGCGUGCAACAGGACAUACAGCACGACGGUGCCGCAGUCAUCACAAUCCGACAUUGUUGAUCAUAAACUGAUGUCAUUUUGUGAUGAUAUUAAGAAGGGCCGAGUUUCAGCAGAUGGUCUAAAGGAAGUUAUCAAUUUAUGCAAUAAAAACAACUAUCAGUUGCCUCAAGAUGUUGGCAUUCUAUUACUGAAAUGCUGCGGCAAUCUACUGUGCGAUUUAGAGGCAACGGAAAGGGAUAAUUUAGCAGGCCAGGUGUGGCGUUUGGCAAAGAAGAAUGAUGGAACAAUCUCUUUGGAGUAUUACAACACUUUGUUAGGUGUUAAUGAAGAUAACUCUUUAUCUGUGAAUCCCAAGAAGUUCUUAGAAAAUAUGAGUGUGGAGCCAGAUGAAAAUACUUAUCGUUUACUGUUAAAUAUAGCCACAAAGACAAAUAAUAGUGAACACCUAUGGGAUAUCUUAUCUGUUACAAAGGAUAAGAAUGUAACCAUCUAUGAGGAGGCAGUCAAUGCGUUAGUACGGAUUUACAUGACAAAGAAUGAUAUUGUCAAGGUUGAGCAAAUGAUAACACUAAUGCGAGAGGUAAAACUACCCACAACCAAGGCAUAUGGCGAGCUGGCAUGUGGAUAUGCAAGAGUUGGUGAUAUUCCGAAUUUAAUUAAGAUAUUGAACGAAGAGCCACAAGACAAUGUGAAUCUUUUGAGGAUAAUAAAGAUUCUGAGCAUAUCCAAUAACAGCAGGCAUAUCCCAGUUGUUUUGAAUUUUUUAAUGACCUCAGUACCUAUGCUUCAGACUGAGAUCUUCAAGAUGAUUACAGAACUGAUACGUGCCAAUCAAGUUGCGGACGCUCAAACUAUCAUAAAUUGUAUUGCGAUGAACGACGCGGUGACAAAGGAGAUUACACAGAGUUUUGUAAAUAGUUUCAUGAACGAAUUAAUAAUAUUAAACGCGCCGAUUGAUAAUAUUAUUAAGUAUGCAAACGACUUUGUUGAAUCUGGUUGCAAUCAAGCAUUGCUCGACGUAGCGGAGAUAGGUUUGAAGUUGGGUAGAGAGAAACUAUGUUUUGCGAUAUUCGAUGUAAUGAGACAGAAAAAAAUAGAGAUACGACCGCAUUAUUAUUGGCCUUUACUGAUAACAGCAUACAAUAAUAAGGGAGAGGCUGAGAUAUAUUCACUCGUGAAAUCUAUGGUGAACACUGAUGUAAAAAUAGAUUCAGACACAUUGCUUCAUUACAUAUAUCCAUAUGUAAAUACUACUGAUCCAGUUAUCACUUUACAGAAACUGUUACUGAGUGGUGUAGAAGGUGAUAUCAUAUUUACGCCUUUAUUGUCUUUUCUGCUGCAGCAAAAUCGGCUGCAGGAUUUAGUGCUACUGUGCACGUCCUCUAUACGUUACAAAGUAUAUUAUAAGGAAUUGAUGAAACCAUUAGUACACGCUUAUUUCGAUACUAAAGACUUCAAAACCUGUGUACUGUUAUUGACGACAUUUCCACAAGGUCAUGAUUUUGUCGGUACAUUGUUGAAAUCAUUGAUAAAAAUUGAAUAUCCGAUUUAUAUAGAAGAUCUACAACUUCUUCUGGAUGAAUUAAAAAUAUAUGAAAUAAAGAUAUCGCAAUUUGAUGCAAACAUUCUCAAGAACAGACUAAAAAAGAAUAAAAAUUUUAAUCUUACACCAAAGGUGAUAACUCUAAUAGACAAUUUAGUUGAUUCUUCUAUGAAAGAUUUGUCGAUCAUGUCACACUUGAAGUACAUGAACACUAAAGAAUUAACAUAUUAUCUAGUGGAAUUGAAGAAUUCCACUGAUUCAGUCUACAAAGACCGAAUUAAAUUUAUUUUGCAGAAAAUGCUAAUCUCAUAUUGUUUUGAGAACAAUAUUAAAAAAGUCGAAGAAAUAAAACAAGAAUAUGAUGCGUGCCAGUACGAAUGGACACCUAACAUGAAGUCUAUUUUAUUUGAAUUAUAUGUGAAGAAUGACAAAUUGAACGAGGCUGAAGCACUGUUACCCGAAUUGCAGAUUAUGCCUAAUAAAUUCCAGAUUGACAGAAUGAAAAUUGUGAUGUAUGCCACCGCAUUGGUGAAGGCAAAUAAACUCACAAAAGCUUUUGAUAUUAUUAAUACACUCAACAUCAUUGAUUUUAAAGUAGACGCGCAGAAGUAUUGUUGUAUACUUCUGCAAACUCUAGCACAGAGUCAGUAUCAUGAUCGCACGAAGGAUAUGUUAAAUUUGCUUUUAGAAAAAAAUUAUUGUCAAGUAACCAUGGAGUUGCUAAAACCGCUGGUAGCAAUGUCAUUAAAACGCAACAUUUUAGAAGCCGUGGAUGUACUCUCAAAAUGCGCGCAAAAAUUUCAUAAGAUGCCGUUGAUAUUGGAAGUAUUGAUAUUAUUGUUGGAGCAAAAAUACAGUUCAAAAUUACACGAUGCGGAUAACUGGAUAAAUCAUGUGUAUGAUAUAAUAAAUACUAUUUAUUCUGAACAAACAGCAAACACGAUAUUGGCGAUAGCAUUAGCGACAUUGAACAAAACGGAGAAAUUACAAAUUUUAUUACAGAAUAAUACGCUGUCCAUGAAUUGCCUUAUGUACUAUCUUAAUAACGUAGAAAGUAACAGUAUUAUAGACGGUUUACAAAAUAUUCUUGAAGUAACCGAUGCUAUUCAUGUGAAUCAAAAUAUGAUGUGUGAAGCGCUCCUUUCUGCUUAUAAUAAAAUGGGAGACUGCAAUCGUGCUUUAGAAUUAUGGAACAUUAUGUGCACAAAGAAUAUCAAGCCCUCCAAACAGUUUGAAAAGAAUUUUAUUCCAUUUUUAUUGUCAAAUAAAAUGUCGCUCCCUCCUGAAUUGGACAGAAUAAAAAUAAAAUAA